ACUUGGAAAUCGAAAUCCAGUUUUCGAAUUUGGUUAGCGAUUUUGAAAUUCCAAACGUAAGAAUUAUGGCGGGAGCGAAUCAGGCGUGUAUCUUCUGUGAGAUCGUGCGAAAUCCGACCACCACUCGUCUCCUUCACACCGAUGAGAAAGUCAUCGCCUUUCAAGAUAUCAAACCUGCCGCCCAGAGGCACUAUCUGGUGAUUCCAAAAGAACACAUUCCUACUGUGAAUGACCUUCAGAGAAGAGAUGAAGACUAUUCACUAGUAAGACACAUGCUUAAUGUGGGACAAGAACUGUUGCAGAAAGAUGCUCCUCAAAACAUUCAUAGAUUUGGUUUUCACCAGCCACCAUUUAACAGUGUUGAUCAUCUACAUCUCCACUGUUUUGCAUUGCCUUAUGUGCCCAGAUGGAAAGCCAUCAAGUACAAGUCUUUGGGGCCUUUGGGUGGAUUUAUUGAAGCAGAGACACUGCUGGAGAAGAUAAGGCCUCUUCUUUCAAAGGUGUAACUCAACCAACUUACGUAACUGCAUUGCGUUGCUUCUCUAUGCUAAAACUGUGCAAUAUCUCUUUUCUAUUCUUUUGCUGGCAAAUCUGUUAUCAA